AUGCUGCGCCUGUUCUUGUUCCACCUGCUACUGAGUCAACUUUCCAGAGAGGUCCAAGGCCAGGACAUGGAAGUUUUUACUAUGUGCAACCUCGAAUUAGUCCGUUUCUUCAUCCGUGUCUGCGGCACUCACAUCUGGGCAGAGGACAUGAGGAAGCGGCGUAAGACAAGAUCUGGACCAUCUGCAGAAAUCAUGCCAUUUUCCACCAAGAAUCCAGAACCCUUAAAUAUGAGGAUGGAAUUCAUUCCUACUUCUCAACAGGAACUGAAGACAACACUGGGUGAGAGGCAGACAUUAUUGAAAGAGCUACUACAACAAGCUUCAUCAAAGGAUAUAAAUCUUAACUUUGAAGAAUUUAAGAAAAAUGGUCUCGAGAGACAAAGUGAAGCAGAAAACAAAAGUCUUUCAGAAUUAAAAAAUAUACGCUUAGUUAAACAUUUCCUAAAAAAGAGAGAGGCCCCUUAUCUAUUAUCUAAUAAGUGUUGUGAUGUAGGCUGUACCAAAAAAGAGGUGGCUGUCUUCUGCUGA